GUUUUUUUUGUGCGGAAUAAGAGUAGGUGUUAUGAUCUAGUGUUUGAGAGUGUAGUAGAAAGACACCUAUUAUAUGUAAAUACAUUUCAUUAAAACGUUACUAACAUUUAGGAAUGGCAGAGGGAGACAACAGAAGUGCUAAUCUUCUGGCACAGGAGACUGCCCAGCUGGAGGAGCACCUGCAAAGCUGGGGGGAGGUGAUCCUGGCUGGGGAUCAGGUCCUGCGAUGGGUGAAGCCCUGGUUCCCUGCUGCCUUGAUGGGAGCCAUCUCUGUGAUCUUCCUGAUGAUUUACUGUCUGGACCCAUCUGUUCUGACUGGGGUUUCUUGCGCUGUCAUGUUCCUCUGCCUAGCUGACUACCUUGUGCCCAUUCUCGCACCCAGGAUCUUCGGCUCCAACAAAUGGACCACGGAGCAGCAGCAGCGAUUCCACGAGAUCUGUGGGAACCUGGUGAAGACGCAGCGCAGGGUUGUGGGCUGGUCGAGACGACUUUUCACCCUGAAGGAAGAGAAACCCAAAGUGUACUUCAUGACUGUGAUCAGCUCUCUGUCAGCGAUGGCCUGGAUCGGACAGCAGGUCCACAACCUCUUCCUUAUGUACCUGAUCGUGAGCUUCCUCCUGCUGCUGCCAGGACUGAACCAGCAUGGGAUCAUCAGCAAGUACACUGGGAUGGCAAAGAGGGAGAUCAACAAACUGCUUAAACAGAAAGAGAAGAAGAACGAGUAAUGGAGAGGACAGGA